AUGUCUGCAAUUCUAUCUCACAAUGACACAUAUAACAUUAUCCAAUUGAUAGGUGAGGGAGUAUAUGGGGAGGUGACUUGCUGUCGUAAAAGGAGCACUGGUCAGUUUGUUGCUAUCAAGGCCCUCAAAUAUGAUGGCUGCACUGCCUCAGAAAUUAGGGUGUUAAAACUGUUCCAAAAUGUGGAUACAAACAACUUUCAUAUUGUACAGUUUCUUGAAUGCUUCCACAGCAAUGGAAAGUCCUACUUGGUAUUUGAACUUCUGGAGCAGAAUUUGCUGGACUUCCAAAAAGCUAACAACUUUGCCCCUCUCCCUGCCAAACAUAUUAGGAUCAUUGCCAUUCAGCUGCUGAGAGCUUUGGUGAAGCUGAAGGAAUUAUCUAUUAUUCACACAGACAUCAAACCUGAUAAUAUUAUGUUAGUAGAACAUAUCCGAUUUCCUUUCAGGGUCAAAGUGAUUGACUUUGGUUCAGCCAGCCUACUGCCUGAGGUUCAGCAUAUUAAUGAGCCAUAUAUCCAAGCCAGGUACUACAGAUCCCCUGAGAUCCUCUUAGGCCUGCCUUUCUGUGAAAAGCUGGAUAUGUGGUCUCUUGGUUGUGUGCUAGCUGAGCUCCGCCUUGGUAGACCCCUCUAUCCUGGUAAAAAUCAAUACGAUCAGAUCAGAAUCAUUGUUGAAGCUCAAGGACAACCUAAGGACCAUCUGCUCAAGCAGGCAAGUAAAGCACACAUUUUCUUCAAAAGAAAUUCCUGUCCUUACUCAGCUCACAAGUGGCAACUUAAGUCAUUGUCAGAAUACGAAUCAAAGAUGUUGACAACAUCUUUGGAGCCAAGAAGACAGACUCUAAAGUCACUUGAUCAACUUGAGACAUUCAAUAUCAUUCAAACAUUGUUCCAGAAUGAUGAUGACAUAGCUGAGUUCCAUGACCGCAAUGAUAUGGUAGCUCUUCUGAAGAGGAUGCUCAACUUUGAUCCCAAAUACCGCAUUUCUCCAGGCUCUGCCUUAAGGCAUCCAUUCAUCACCAUGGAGAAACUGAAGAAGACCUAUAACCACACAAAAUAUUACCAGCUCUCUGUCCAAGGCCUUGAUGCUGCUCUGAAUUGUUGCAGAACUGAGAGUGAGAAACACAAUUAUCAGCUGUUUAAGGAGCCUCAAUGUGCAAAUAGCAAUAUGCCCAUUGAGAGACAACACAUGGCACAACUGGGAUUUACUGAGAAGAAACCCAUUCUCAUUGCAACUGAAGAGGAACAGCUAAAUAGUGAAAAUGUAGAAGAGACUAUAAAAAGCGUUGCAAACCAAACAGUCAAUCAGUUCUGGGGGGUCAUAGAGAGCAGGAAAGUGAAGAAAUAG